AUGGUAGAUAGUGUUACUGCUAUUGGUAAAUCGGGUGGCAUGGCUCUUGGAUUCUUUAAAAACUCAAGUUUAGAGGUUGUAGGAAGUUCAUUCAAUAUGAUUCAUGUAGUAUGUGACAUCACACCAGCCAUUAAAAAUUGUAUGGUUACAUUCAUAUACGGAUCGUUAAAUACUUUAGGUAUUAGGAAUCAAUGGAACUAUUUGAAACAACUUUACGAAUCUGACAAUAGGACUUGGCUUUUGCUUGGGGAUUUCAACUUUAUUCUUAAUGUAUCGGAGAAGCAGGGUGGCAUUCCUGAGAACUCUUUAGCUUCAGACUUUGUCAAAAACUCGCUUUCAUUACUAAAUUUACAUGAAGUUUACUCUUUUGGCAAUCCUUUUACUUGGUGUAACAGAAGAUUCAGGAAUCCUUCUGAAUUAAUAUUCGAGAAACUUGAUAGAGGUUUUAUUAAUGAUAAAUGGGUAUCGCUUCUUCCUCAAACUAGGGUUACGAAUUUAGGUAGAGUUUUUUCGGAUCAUUGUCCCAUCUUGUUACAAUGCUUUCAUCUUUCUGAUAAAUUGGCAAUCCCUUUUAAAUAUUUCAAAUGCUGGCAAGCUAGUCUUGACUUUAAAGAUGUUCUUGUGAAUUCGUGA